AGAUAAGCUUGUAAAACUUAUUCUUAACUACUAUAUUGGUAAUGCCGCCGUGUUUACAUCGAAUUUGAAAGUUUUUAAUCAAAAUGAUGGCCCAUAUCCUAGUCCACAACCUAAAACACAAAAAAUUAUUGUAAACCGUAAAAAUAUUGACGCAGAACCACAAGUUGAAGAAGAAACAUUCAGUUUUAACCCACUUGAUACAGAAGAUGCUGGUUUUGAUGAUAUUAAAACUAUUGAUACUUAUGGUAUAAAAAGUACUAGUAGUGAUCAAAUUGGGACUGCAGAAGAUAAACCAAAAGCCCGUAUUAUAAUAACUGAUAGUUCACCAAAACAAAAAAAAAUAGUAAUAAGCUGUACAAAACUAAAGGAUACUAAUGAAAACACUCUAAAAUCGAAUGAAAAUCAUAAGCCAACAUUAGAAUUAAGAAAACCACGUGGUAAAUAUUUUAAAUCAAAUUCACAGAUCCAACAACGAAAUGCUUUUACAACAAACGUACAAAACUUGCCAUUACUAAAAAAUGGGAAUUAUAUACGAAAUCCUGUUAAUAUAAGAGGAUCAUAUUACUUUGCUACUAACACCUGUGGAUUUGAUUCGAUUAUCCAGAUUUUAUCUUCUAGUGCAAUGGAUAAUCCACAAUACAUGGCUUUUAUUGACGAAUCUAAAAAUAAAGUAUUAAAAUUUGUGAAAUUUUUCGUUGAAAAUGAGCUGUCUGCUACGACGUAUAAAAAUAGAAUCGUACUUCUUGAAGACCUGUUCAGCCAUAAAAUUAAAGAAAUGAUCAAGUCAAAUCAAAUUGACUUAUAUGAUUGCGUGAGUACUAUAUAUAAACAAUGUUUUAAUGAUGUGCCAAGUGGAUGGUUAACACAUACCUGUCCAAACUGUCAUAUAUACACUUCACCUAUAAUAAUAUUACAAGUUAAUCACGAUAUCAUACGAAAAAAUGGCUAUCAUGCCCUACAAGAAGGGUUAAAUAAUGAAUGGACACAGAAGUUGUGUAUAAAAACAUGUUCUUCUUAUUGUAACACCAGAUUAAAUAUUUAUAAUACUCAAAUUUUUAUAGAGUUAGAUGUCCGAGCCAAUGUUGAAGCAUCUCACAGUAUUCCUGGACGGUUGGUAGAUUUUCCAAUAAAUCUUAACUUGAGUGAUGAUCAGUAUCAAUUAUCUGGUGUUAUAGCUAUGUUACCAGGACAUUUCAUCUCAUACUGUCGACGUAUUAAUAAUCGCUGGGAUAAGUGUGAUGGUCUUCAACAGAAAAUAGAGUGUGUAAAAUCUCACACAUCGAUAGAACCUCAAGCUGUUAUAUAUACCAAAAUAUUUUCAAAAAAUAAUCAUAAUCAUGAGAAUUCUACUCGAAAUUAUACCCUAACGAAAGAGCUUGUUAAUCUUACCAAUGAUGAACCUGAAUCACUUAAACAUGAUGUGGCUUCGAAACUACCAAUAACAGACCCUCUUGAUGACUCUGAUACUAAUUCAAGAGACAAUUGGCGUAAUAAAGAACUAAAUAAUAAGGUUUAUUUUGACGGUUCAUUUGACUCGAUUGAAGAAAAUAGUUUUGUCGAAAGCCAAAUUAUAGAUAGCAUUAAGAAUAGUACAUCCUUGGAAUAUCAAUCAGUUUUGAUGCUUCAAGGUGGAAAUAGUAUGUCUGGAAUCUUAAGUUGCAGUGCAUUAGACAUUCCGAGGUAUAUGAAUUUUCUCAAAGAUUCAAGCAAUGAAACUUUUAAAUUCAUAAUCGAUUUUAUAAAUUUGAAAUCGUGUACAGAAAUUUACACUAAGAGAGCUUUGUUAUUAAAAUCAUUGUAUUUUUCAAAAAUUUCAACAAAAUUUCUUAAUAAUGUUUUCACAUAUACAAUAGAUAUACGAGAAACUAUUUUCAACACAUGGGAAACUUGCUUGACAGAUCAAGCUAGCUUGCUUAACGUAUAUAUAUGUAAAUCUUGUGGAUGUUCGUCAUUUUUUACACCAGUUCUGAAAGUUGAUACCAAAUUAAUCAUAAAAAAUGGUUUCAAAGUACUUAAUGAGGCAGUUAAAUACUAUAAACAUCUCAAAAAAGUAAAAUGUCGUCAAGAAAAUUGUUCUAAAUUAUGUUCCGUUACUGUGUAUCCUAAUUAUCAUUUAUUUAUUAAUUUAGAGAUAAUUAAUCGAUAUCAUAAAAAUAUGGAAUGCAAAAUUCGAGAUAUACCAAAAAAAUUGACUUUUGGAGAAGAAGUACAGGAAUACCGAUUAGCAGGAAUUAUAGCACAGAACAAUAAUCUUCCCGUCUCAUAUUGCUUAAGAAUAAAUGGUACUUGGGAAUUAUACAAUGGUUACUCAAAUAUGAUUGUAAUUGUGGACUCUACUACAGUAAUCGAACCUUUGGGUGCAAUAUACACAAUAAGUUAAAAAAAAAGAUGUCUCAUGUAGUCAGUAAAUAUAUAAAUAGUUAUAAUGUAAACAUUAUUUAUACAAAUAUUAUGUAUUAAUAUAUAAAUAAAGUUUAAU